AAACAUUAAAGUUGACUGGAGUGGCGAUUGGCACAUGAUGUGGUUUCAAAUGAAAUUGUGAUUUCUCGCCUUGGCUCCUGCCGUCUCGUUGGCUUCCCGAUGAGUCGUACGAGUGCCUAUCGAAUCCAGAACAACUCAAACCUCCAGCAUGAUGGCAGCCCAAAGUAAUGAAUACAGUAAUUACACCCAGGAGAGAAAUGAGGCGCCCUAUGAUUCCUUUUAGGAGUCAUCCUCGGUAUCGUCAUUGGGCCACCUCAUUCUUUGCGUUGGCAUUUGAGUUUCCAGGCGCCCCUUGGAGAUGGGAACAGGGCAAUCAUGUCCGUUGGGCGUGCCCGUCCGAGCACAGGAAAGACGAUCAGAAGCAUUUUGUCUUCAGGCUGCCGCGCGGAAAUGCAGCCGUGUCAUUUCCUGUUGGCCGCCGGGCGCUUCGGGCCGUGCGUCAACAGCAUCCGGGACAAUGGGUAACUUGCAAUCGUUGCAUUCCAUCUCAGACAGAAUCGCCCACUGCAACCUAUCAGAAUUGUGGCACAACGAACCGGCGCCUCGUUGAAUUACCCGAUCGACCAACGCUGCUCUGCUCGGGCUGCUGCCAUCACCCUUUCGCCUGUCAUGUGUGCAUGUGAGGCUCCAAAGACUCGGCCGUAUGAUAUCUGGGCGCUUUGUGGACCGAAUUUAAUUUCGCUUCACCACAGACCAGUUUGG